GGGUAUUCACCCAAUCAAAAAAGGCGGGGAGGCGGGGGCUAAGUAAACACUAGACUAUCUCCUCGGCAUUCAAUGUUUGCCGGCUUACGAUAUAUUUUACGUACGGCGCCAACUGUUGCGACUUGGACGCUACAUUGACUUGAGCUACUCGAUCACCAUUGUGUUCAUAAAUUUGCUUCCUUCACCAUCAUUCACAUUCCACUGUUUGCCGCAUCUUCACACGGGCUAGAGCAGCAUGUUGCACAACUUAUUUGAAACUGUGCCUUUGCUUCAUAUCGGAGAUAUGACUUCUGCAAGUUUCUGGGUAGCUUUCUCUCUCUUCUUCUAUUUCAUUGCGAACAGGAUAUACAAAUCACACGUAUACUCUGCCAAACUGCGCAAGUUCGAGUGCCAAGACCCAGUACCGAAAGAAAUUAUCAGCCGUUGGCCUUUCGGUCUUGACAUCGUCAAGUCAGCUCUGGAGGCCGAUCGAAAGAAACUCUACCCAGUUCUCCUUCAAAGAAAUGUCGAACGAUUCGGCACGACGUGGAAGUAUACGCCCAUGAAUUCGCCAUGCGUUUUUACGGCAGAUCCUAAGAAUAUAAAAGCUGUUCUAGCGACACAAUUUGAGGAUUUUGAUUUAGGGCCAAUGCGGAGAGGGGCCUCCUGGCCUAUGCUUGGAAAUGGCAUAUUUACACAAGAUGGCCAUGAGUGGAAGGUAACGAGAGAUAUGAUGAAACCUCAGUUUAAUCGGGAUCAAAUGAGUGAUUUUGCGGUGGAGGAGACGCAUGUUCAGAAUUUGAUGAGGGCUAUAGAUACCAGACUUCAGGGUGAAUGGACCGAAGAGAUAGAUCUACAGGUUCUUUUCUUUCGAUUGACCAUGGACUCUGCAACGGAAAUUUUACUUGGAGAAUCUGCUGAUUCCCAGCUUCUUAGUCUGCCAGAAAAUCAAGCAAAGGCCCAGAGUAUCAAAAUAGAUUUUGCCGCCGAGUUUGACAACGCUCUAUCUUGGAUUUUUACUCGUAUCCGUUUUGCUAGUAAAUACUGGCUGGUCACCAGCAAAGGCUUCAGGAAUUCUUGCAACAAAUGCAACGAAUAUGUUGAUCAUUUUGUUCAACUUGCUCUCAAGAGAAACGCAUUGGCCAAAGAUCAAGGCAAAGAUGAUUCGGUCGCCACCAAGAAGAGAUACAUUUACCUGGAUGCCCUUGCGAAGGAAACACAAGAUCCAAUUGAGCUUCGUUCUCAGUGCUUGCAUUUGAUGCUAGCAGGUAGAGAUACGACGGCCUCACUACUUGGAUGGCUGUUUCUCUUAUUUGCUCAAAAUCCCAAUCAAUACCAAAAACUGCGCAAUAUCAUCAUCGAAAACUUUGGAACAUACGAAAAUCCUUCUGAAAUAACCUUUUUGGGCCUCAAAAAUUGCCGAUAUCUCCAAAAUUGUUUGAAUGAAGCUUUGCGACUUUAUCCACUUCUGCCUCUUAACGUCAGACAAGCAAACAAAGAUACGACUUUACCAUGUGGCGGUGGAAAAGAUGGGAAUUCGAAAGUCUUUAUUCCAAAAGGGACAAUAGUCGAAUACAGUGUUUUCGUCGUGCAGCGUAGAAAGGAUAUAUGGGGCGAUGACGCCGAGGAGUUCCGACCUGAGAGAUGGGAGGGAAGGAAAGCGGGAUGGGAUUUCUUACCUUUUAAUGGCGGUCCAAGAAUUUGCAUUGGGCAGCAAUUUGCCUUGAAUGAAGCCGGUUACGUUACCGCAAGACUUCUUCAGCGGUUUGACAUGAUUCGAGAUAUGGCAACAGACCCAGUUGUAAAACAUGAAGUUAGGAUCACGGAUUCCUCCGCCAACGGUGUUAAAGUCAAGUUACAUGCUUCCACUGCAUGAGAGCACAUGUGUCCAACAUUGUGACACAAGUUUUAUUUCUCAUUUUCCUCAAUUGGUCUUGGAAAAUUGGCAAAUUUGCACAAAUUGAUAGUAUGAGGCUAGAAAGUAACAAUUGUAUUUGGGUUGGCGUUAAUACACGAGCUCAAGUGGCAGGUGAAUAUCAGCAGCUCGACA